AGUAAUUAUGUAGCUUUUCGUCGUAAAAUGUACUAAAUUAAUUCAGAUGUAGAUGUCUAAAUAAUUCUUAUUUGCAUCGUACUGAGCCAGUUUUUAAUGUCUUAUUUAUUAUAUUUCCUGCUAGUUUUCAGACUGGAUUUACAUGUUUUAGUCUGCCUUUUCAAUAAUGAAAGAUAAAUACUCUAUUCGGCAUAAUCUUAUUUCGUAUUUAAUUUUGACGCACUUUGUAAUUUAUUAAAGAUUAAACCUAGCUAGAUUCAAAACAGUGCAUACUUCUACUUAAUUUUAUUUGCAGUGAUAAGCAAGAAAUGUCUGAUUCAAAAGAUGAUUUUGCUGAAGACCUUCAACCAAAUAUUGAAAUGGAAAUCAAAAAAGAAAUUAAUAUUCAGAUAAAGCUGGAAGAAGAUGUCAAUGAAGCAAAUGAUAAUCCAUUUCAGAAUAUACAAGUUGAGGUGAAAGAAGAAAUACCUAGUGAACAAGACAUUCAUAAAAGCAAUAAAGAUUUAGAAAUAGAGGGUCAGGAAAGAGAAAUAGAAGUUAAGGAAGAAUCAGCAGAUAUUGUUUCAUAUGAUUUUCCAAAUUUUGAUGAUAGUAUGGACAGUGAAGAAGCAACAGCUCUGGGUAAUGUUGAAACAUGCCUACAAGAAGACAUGAAGGAAGAAUGUUAUCAUCAAUUUGAGCAUCCUGACAAUUACAGUGAGAGCAUCAAAGAAGAACCUGAUGUAGGAGUUACAGAGACACAUCUUAUAUCAAACAAACUCAUCAGCACAACUUCAACUAUAACAAGCCCGCAUAUAGGCAUUAUACAGGCAGAAACUACAAAAACUCUUGUAAUGGAAAUUCAUCCAGUCAUGCCAGAAGAUUCCUACAAUAAAAUGGGUAAUCCCGAAGAAAUUUUACCAACAUCAUAUGAAAACGAUGACAUAGAUUAUACAGAGCCUUUUCAAUUAAAUUCCAUUACUGGAAACAUACUCUCCUUAGAGCAAGAAGCAUAUGGGCUUCUUAAAGCAAAAAAACAAAAAGUGAAUUCGGAAAAAAUUUAUACAUGUGUCAAAUGUGACAAAGCAUAUGAUCGGCCAUAUGCUCUUAAAAAGCAUUUACAAGUUCACCAAACAAUUGAAAAUUACGAACGCGGGAAGAAAAUGCGAAUAAUAACAAGAAUAAAAAAUUCUGAAGGUCAUGGAAAGAAAAAAAAAUCUUUGAAAAAAGUCAUAAAUUUAAAUGACAUUAAUAAAAUGAAGGCGCGACAGGAAAGAGUAGACAAACGACGAAUGAAUCUAAUAACAGAAGAACAGAAGAAUCUGCAACCGGACGAUGCUGAUACGAAAAUACUUGACAUCAAUAUAGAAUCAAAGAAAGAUGGAUAUGAAUGUACUUGUGGACAAGUAUUUCAACGCCGAAGUAGAAUGGAAACGUGUUUUCGAUCACACGAUAUAGACGACGAAGUGCGAUCAUUAUAUUCUUGUAUAUCGUGUUCCAAGCAGUUCCAUGAUAAAGAAGAACUGGCCUCACAUAGAAGGAGACAACAUCGAAAACGGUUUCCAUGUAAAUUCUGCCCCACAGAUUAUCACACGCGAAAGGACCUGUUCAAACAUUUACGGAUACAUCAAAAAGUUCAACUCAUGGAAUAUAAAGUUAUAUCAGAGGUGAUGAACGGUAACCAAAAGUUAAGAUGUUUUAUGUGUGAACAAAGUUACUUGGAGUUGACAGAUUUGAAAAGCCACGUAAUGGAGGACCAUAAGGAACCUUACAUUUGUCCUAAGUGCAAUGAAACAUUCCCGAAAAUAAUCGAUUUCGCGCAACAUACGAAAACCGAACAUCCAGAGGUUGAAGGACAGUCGGUGUUAGAUGUUUUGGAAGCAUUUUCGAAGUUGGUCAAGGCGUGGAAGUGCGAGGAAUGUGAGGUUCAGUUUCACGAGGCCGAUAAGUUGGCGAAGCACCAAGUGGAAAUGCAUAGUCCCGAUUUAAAUGCGGAAAUUAGAUUCCAAUGUGACGAUUGCCGCCGUGUUUUUGUUAGUCAAAAAGGUCUGACUUCACACAGACGAAUACACCAUAAUACGGGCAGUACUGAAGAGCCAGAGACUAUAGAUGGAGUCAUUUGUGUUGAAUGCAGGAAGAUUUGCAGAGACGAAGCCGCUUUAGCGUCUCAUAUGCGAUUACAUUCGCCGGAUAGAAAGUAUCCCUGCAAAUUCUGCGAUUUCCGCUUCGCCACACCGGAAAAACGAAAGAUUCAUGCCGAAUUACAUACCGGCGAUAUGAAAUAUGUCUGUUUUAUUUGUGAGUACCAGUGUACUUCAGAGAAUAGGUUGAGGUUGCAUAAAAUGUCGGAAAAGCACGGGAAUAUGAGGGAAUAUCUCCUGUCGGGGCAGGCGAUGGCAGAGAGCCAAAAGAACGAUGAUGAAUCCGAUUCGUCAAACGACGACGGUAUAGUCUGUGACAUUUGCGGUGAAAAAUUUACAAAUACAAAGGUUAUGUUGAAACAUAAAGAAACACAUCCGUUUAUUGAGUUCCCUAAUGAUGAUACGCCUACUAGAAUAUUCUUUAAGUAGCACGAAAUAGUGUAUGGAACACUCGGUGAAUAAUUUUGUGCCUUGAUUGUGCAGCUACAAUACAAAUUUUAGAAAAUGAUAUGAAAAUUAAUCAAAUUACCUCAUUGGUAUCAUAUCCUGACUAUAUAGAUAAGGUUUGAACUUUGUCCAAAUGCCACUGCCUUUAAAUUGAUUUCACAUGCUGAUUUUAAAACUCAUAGCUACAGAUAAGAAGUCAGUGCCAGUGCCAACAUAUUAUUAUUUAAAUGUAAGGUGACCAACUAUUUUUUUUUGUUUUUUUUUUGCUUAAUGAGAAUGUUGCUCUAAUGUAGCCACAUCCUUAGCUGACUUCUCACUGCUACAAUAAUCAUUCCCCUAGUGAAAAUACCCUUUCAACAGCAUUAUUAGUGCCUGGACAACAUAAGGGAUAUUCACAUGAGUAGUUUCAGAGUACAGGAUUUGAAAAGUAUAGUUGGUCACCCCGGCUCAGCAGUGGGCAUCUUGACCCGACAGGUUGAAACUAAAAUCAGCCAUUCUUGUUGCACGCUUGCAGUCUACAUAUCAUUUAUAUAUAUAAUUUAUUAAUCAUCAAAUUAUUUACUAAAAACGAGACGAUUCUGCACAAUUGUUUUGUAGGUAAUUUAACACUAAGUUUAUACCAACUUAUUCAUUUAUAAAAAUCUAUUUGCACUGUACUAUUUCUUUUCAUUGACAUAUUUAUCCUGUUAUGAAAAGGGACAGAUAAGUAAUUUAGUUAAUCAGUUUAUGAAUAAGGUUUAUAUGUAUGUUGUUAAUAUUUUUUGUUUUUUUAUAUUUAUAGUUCUUAAGGAAAGAGAAGCUAGUCUUAAUGAGUUGCCUUUUAUGUAGCAAUAUUAAAUUGGCUUAUACCUUGUUUAUAUGUGUACAAAAUAUAAAAUUAUUCACAAUU